AUUAUUAAGUGCCAUCAUUAUUUUGUUUUCAUGGUUAAUUAUUUGUCCAUAAGGACUGCCAGAUUUUCAAAUCGAACCAUUGUAGCAGUAGACACUAUCUCCACUAUAUUCUUUUACUAUUUCAGAUCAAGGCUAAAAAUGACACAUUCUUCAAGUUCUACAGGAAAUCUUAAAAAUGGGUUAAUUGAUUUUACAGCGGGAUCACUUGGCGGAGUAGCUGUGGUAUAUGUGGGUCAACCACUAGACACUGUCAAAGUAAAAAUGCAAACAUUUCCACAUUUAUAUAAAGGAAUGUAUGAUUGUUUAAAACAAACUUUAAGAAAUGAUGGAAUCAUUAGAGGAUUAUAUGCUGGCACAACACCAGCUAUCAUGGCUAAUGUUGCUGAAAACAGUGUUCUAUUUGCAGCAUAUGGUUAUUGUCAAAAAUUUGUUUGCAACAUAACUGGCACGGAGAGUGUAGAGCAACUGUCUGCAUUAGGGAAUGCAUCAGCAGGUUUCUUGGCUGCAUUCUUCUCUUCAUUCACCUUGUGCCCAACUGAAUUAAUUAAAUGCCAGUUACAAGCUAUGCGAGAAGUCAAUGUGCAAAGUUCUCAAACGGCUGUCAAAGUGACGCCCCUGCAGUUGACGCAACAAAUAUUUAGACAAUAUGGCAUACAAGGCUUAUUCAGGGGCUUGGUGCCUACUAUCAUGCGAGAAAUGCCAGGAUAUUUCUUCUUUUUUGGUGGAUAUGAAGGAACGAGAGAAUUGCUAAAAAAGCCUGGACAGUCCAAGGAUGACAUAGGUUUCUUUAGAACUAUGAUAGCGGGAGCCGUCGGCGGCCUAGUACUUUGGACGGUUAUAUUUCCUACUGACGUCAUAAAAUCUAGAGUACAAAUUUCAAAUUCUAGGGAGCCACAAAAAUUUUUAACAGUCGGUUACGAAAUAAUUAAAAAUGAAGGUAUGUUGGCUUUAUACAAUGGCUUGAAACCAACUCUUGUGAGGACUAUACCCGCAACAGCCGCUUUAUUCGUCGUCUACGAAUACUCAAAGAAGUUCAUGCAUCAAUCGUUUGGGGACUGAGAAAGACGGAGACUGAAAUACCAUAUCAUUUUUAUUAUUUAUCUUGUGAAUAAUGUAUAAAUAGAUAGACAAGCUAAAUGUAACGCAUAGCACGAAUGUGACUUGAUUACGUCUUUAUUAUAGCGUUGACCUCAGUGGUACCUACUUAUCUGUAUUUUCUUUCCUUAAUGCGCAUUACUCAUUAGGUAU